GGGGCGGGGCCGCCGAGGAGCUCUACCCGAGCCGGGACAGCAGGAGGCGUGACCGGGAGCCGGGACCAGCGCUACCGCACAGAGGCUCCGCCUUCGCCCCCCGCCCAUCCCCUGGAGGGACGCAAGCGGGGAGAAGAGGGGGAGUCGGAGGAGGGGAGGAGGUGGCGGCGUCGGCUCGAGAUCGCUCCUCUCGGGGACCGACCGACCCGCGAAGCGAAGACGUCGCUCCACACUGCUCUUCCUCCCGCCGCAAAGCCGUCCCUUCUAGCCAUGUCUCAGAGCAGGCAUCGCGCCGCGGCUCCGCCGCUGGAGCGCGAGGACAGCGGGACCUUCAGUUUGGGGAAGAUGAUCACAGCUAAGCCAGGGAAAACACCAAUUCAGGUUUUACAUGAAUACGGCAUGAAGACCAAGAACAUCCCAGUUUAUGAAUGUGAAAGAUCCGAUGUGCAAAUACACGUGCCCACUUUCACCUUCAGAGUAACCGUUGGUGACAUAACCUGCACAGCUCAAAAAUAUGGCUGGGCUUCCCUGGUGGCGCAGUGGUUGAGAGUCUGCCUGCCGAUGCAGGGGACAGGUUCGUGCCCCGGUCCGGGAAGAUCCCACAUGCCGCGGAGCGGCUGGGCCCGUGAGCCAUGGCCGCUGAGCCUGCGCGUCCGGAGCCUGUGCUCCGCAACGGGAGAGGCCACAACAGUACCGCAAAAAAAAAAAAAAAAAAAAAAAAAAUCAUGGCUGAGCUUUGCAGUUCCUGAUCCCUUAAUGCCUGACCCUUCCAAGCAACCAAAGAACCAGCUUAAUCCUAUUGGUUCAUUACAGGAAUUGGCUAUUCAUCAUGGCUGGAGACUUCCUGAAUAUACCCUUUCCCAGGAGGGAGGACCUGCUCAUAAGAGAGAAUAUACCACAAUUUGCAGGCUAGAGUCAUUCAUGGAAACUGGAAAGGGGGCAUCAAAGAAACAAGCCAAGAGAAAUGCUGCUGAGAAAUUUCUUGCCAAAUUCAGUAAUAUCUCUCCAGAGAACCACAUUUCUUUGACAAAUGUGGUAGGACAUUCUUUAGGUUGUACUUGGCAUUCCUUGAGGAAUUCUCCUGGUGAAAAGAUCAACUUACUGAAAAGAAGCCUCCUCAGUAUUCCAAAUACAGAUUACAUCCAGCUGCUUAGUGAAAUUGCAAAGGAACAAGGUUUUAAUAUAACAUAUUUGGAUAUAGAAGAACUGAGUGCCAACGGACAGUAUCAAUGUCUCGCUGAAUUGUCCACCAGUCCCAUCACAGUCUGUCAUGGCUCGGGGAUCUCCUGUGGCAGUGCACAGAGUGAUGCAGCUCACAAUGCUCUGCAGUAUUUAAAGAUAAUAGCAGAAAGAAAGUAAACUUGGAACAACUUGGAAAACCCUUCAGUAGCACAUAAGAAGUUCCCCUUUCUCCCCUUCCCAAGUAAAACAUUUACUCUAAUGUUUGAGUUUGUGUGGUUCUAAAUCUCUUCAUAGAUUCCUUCAACACUCCAGAUUUAAUUAUCUCCUAGUAGUUGUUAUUAAGAUGUUUUUAAUGGCUUCGACUUUGUAUUGGUAUAUUGUAUUUAUAAACUUUGUACCAUAGGCAGAGUGUAGCACCCCUUUUACAAUGCCAUGUACAUAGAAGGAAAAAACUGCAUGAUUGUUGUUGAUGAGGAGGAGGAUAAAAUAAAACUGCUAGCAACAGUCUUUCCUACUGGUGCUUAACCUCUUCUUUGUGCAAGGCUUUGUAAAGGGAUUUCGAAGGAAGCCCCUUAGAAUUAGUGUUGAGGAACGCACUAACAGGUUUUAAUUGAAUGUGAUUGUUAAAUUUCAGGGAACGUGAUUGGUCUGCUGUGUAUUUGAAUCCAUGUAAUAAACAGCUGUUGUUA